AUGAAGUUUGGGGAUAAUUUCCAUCAGCUAUCAAUACCAGAAUGGAAAAGUUAUAAUCUAGAUUAUAAUGGACUCAAAUAUCAAAUUAGAAAUAUCACACAAUCAAAUUCAUCUGAUUUAUCUCAACUACAUUCAGCAUUCAUUGAAAAUUUCGAUUAUAUAAAUCUAUUUAUUAAAACAAAAUUUGGUGAAUUAACUAGGAAAUUUGACCAUUUACAAAAUCAAUUUAAUCAGCUAAUUAAAAAACAUCAACAACUACAAAAACAAUCACAACCACAACACACCAUCGACUAUGAACAACUACAACAGACUUUGGUCAUCCAUUUGGAUGAUUUAUUCUAUCAAUGCAUCGAAUUAUCUAUAGAUAUCAAGAACUUGUCCAAAUUUAUCAUUAUACAGAAGAUUGCCAUCAAGAAAAUCUUUAAAAAGUUUUUGAAAUAUUAUCAAAAUAAACAACAAGCAAAUAAAUUCAUCAUUACUUUGAAAAACUAUUUUUUGGAUAAUUUAAAUGUUAAUUUAAAUGACUUGACUUUGAAAUUAACCAACCUAAUCAAUGUAAUCAAAUAUGAAUCAAAGUCAAGAUCUGUUCAUUUGAAAAGAAGUAAUUCCCUAUUUAGUAUAUCAUCUACUGUAAUAUCAAAUUCAGAUUAUUCAAACUCAAUUCUACCUUCUAAUUCUUCUCCUGGUACUCCUCCAAACUAUUCAUCUACUCAGCAAUGUCUCAAUAACCAACCAUGUCCCACAACUCCCGAGGCUUGUUUUGAUUUGAACCUUUUGUUGAAGAAGAAUUUCCAAUUACAUUGUCUUGCCAAUCAAGACUCAAUUAACGAACUAAUGAUCAAUUUCAACUUGUAUUUUCAAUUGAAAAAUCUCAAUGAUAAUAUUAUGAGUUGUACUUAUUUAACCAGAGAUUACCUUCUGGAUGAACCAGCAUAUAUAGUUAGUCAUAACGAUACUGACGCGUCAAUCAUUGUUGCUCCAGUUGGUGGGUUAAGAAAAUAUGCCUACUGUAUCUUGUCCAAUCAUGUUAUUCAAGCUUUAAUGGAUCAUUUGAAUGAUCGUGAUAAUGAGGUUUACAAGAAUCAGUUGUCUGAAUUUUUCACCACUACCCAUCCAAACUUAUUAACCAAAAAGACUGUUGAUUAUAUCGUUUCAAAUGACUUGAAGCCAACUUUAAAAUUAUUUUGUAAAAGAGCUAGAUACACUCUUGAACAAGAAGAUGAAGAUGACGUCGAAUCUUCCCAUAAGGCAAGUUGCUAUGGACCUGAUGAUAUAGACAAGGAUUAUUUGAUUACUUUAGAUAGUGAUAUUAUGACCACUGACAACUUAGAGUUUGUCAAUGAUUUAUCAUUUCCUAAACAUGAAAAAGAUUAUUUACUAUUUGAUGUUUUCCCUCAUGCUCAUUUGGCCAUUUAUUCAAAUGAUAUCAAUUUAUGCAAUUUUGAAUAUGAUUUAGUUACAGAAAUUGAUUUAUCCAAUGGUGGUAUUGUCAAAAAUCAAGUUGGCAACAUCCGUAAACUUCCCAAGAAAAUACAAACAAUUCUUAAUAAUAAUAGUUUGACAUUAUUCAAAGGUUUGAAUUUCUAUCAAUAUCAAUUAUCCUGCUACCAUAAUAUUAUCCCUCAAGGUGAUUUAAUCAACAAUCAUUAUUCAAACUUGUUAAACUUGAAUUUGUUGAAGAAUUUUGAAAAUAUUGAAAAGAAUAAUCAACAAGUGACCCAGGAAGUUGAAAUUAUAAAACAAAAAUCAGACAAUAUUCUUAGACACAAACAAUCCAUCCAAUCUCUUUCAAUUAGUGCUGCUGUCCCAACUAAUAAAAAGAGAUCUUCAUUCCACCAACCACAAAAUUCCAUGGGGAGUAGCAGCUUAUUUGAUGAUAAUGCUAUCGAAGAAGAACCAUUAACAGAAGAAGAUGAACAAAUUGAUCAGAUCAGUUUAUCUUUGAAUGGAUUAAUUAAUCAAGAUGAAAACUUGUAUAUCAAAAAUCUCAAGAAGCACCAACGUCAUUCUCCAGCACCAGCAUCUCGUCAUCCAGAUUCAAUUUUUCCAUCAUUAUUUGACCGUUUAUACGAUUUAAAACAAAGAUUAUUUAACGAACCCCUGUCCCAUUCUCCAACUCCACAUCAUGCUGCCAAAAGAAUCUAUGAAAAUCCGUUUUUUGUUGAUGAAGAUGAAGUUCCGUUGGAUCCAUAUACCAAACUCCUUUCUCUAUACCACACUACUCAAAACUACGAUUCUACUUACGAUUCAAUAAAUGAAGAUCCGAUUCCAUACCUACAAAGAAACGACUACAAGAGAACUUAUGAGUAUAAUUAUGACAGAACUUUGUCGUAUGUUUAUUUUUCGCUUAAUUUGGUUUCAAUUUUCCUUUCUGGUAUUCAAUUGGGUAUUUUUAUAUCAAUCUUACAAGAUAUGGAAUAUAAAUUUUUGGUCAAGGAUAACGUAGGCAUUAUUGUUAUUAUAAUCUUGGGUAUCCUUACAAGUUUGAUAUUUUGUUUGAUUAGUAUUAACUUACUAUUCCAGAGAUUUGUUGAACCCCCGAUGUUUCAUUGGGCCGUGGUUUUAAUUGGAUUGUUUAUAAAUUUGACAUGUUGGAGUUGGAGUGUUUUCUUAUUAAUUAAUUGUUUUUAA